AUGACACGUACAUCUGUUUUGAGCGAUGCUUUGAAUAGUAUCAACAAUGCCGGCAAGACUGGUAAGAGACAAGUGAUGAUCAGACCUUCUUCCAAGGUUGUGAUCAAGUUUUUACAAGUUAUGCAAAAGCAUGGAUAUAUUGGCGAAUUUGAAUAUAUUGAUGAUCACCGUUCUGGUAAAGUUGUUGUUCAAUUGAAUGGACGUUUAAACAAGUGUGGUGUCAUUUCACCACGGUUUAAUGUCAAGAUUGGCGACAUGGAGAAAUGGACGGAGAAUUUGUUACCAGCCAGGCAAUUUGGUUAUGUCAUUUUGACAACAUCUAGUGGUAUCAUGGAUCACGAAGAAGCUAGAAGAAAGCAUGUUGCGGGGAAGAUUUUGGGGUUUGUGUAUUGA